CCCAAUUUGAUCUUCGAUCGAAGCACGGAAGCUAGGAGAAAAAUGCGCUUAUAACAAGAGCCUCAAUCAAGACAUGGCGUAAGUCUCUUGAUUUCUCACCACAUCCACUCGUCGCUCCUUUACCUUUGCAUCCAGGCAGGAUUAUAUCACGCUUCGCGACUUGUCAAGUGGUCAGUCAAAUCAUUGACUACUAGACCUAAUACAGCAUAUAGUCAAACCAUAAUUCCACUCCGUUGACUGUUUCUAUCCCCACUCGUUGUCAACUUGUGUCCGAAAAUUGUCCGUUGUACAACUUACCACUUUACAUCCAAUUGAAGCACUAUUUAUGUCUUUCAACAAUGACGCAAGUCCCACCGAUACUGCCAUCUCUCCCACUGAGACCGAGACGGGCCUUGACUUCGGUCCUCCGACAGAUGGGCAUGUUGUAGCCAUAGCCGUGACCGUUGGCGUUGUCGGUGUAUUCCUUUUUGUACUCAUCACAUGGCUUCUCCUGCGCCUGCGUCGCGGACCAGCUGAUGAGGUUGAUGCGGCUCCCUCCCCCCGCAUGCGGCGCAUCUUCACAUCAGAUAAUACUCGACCCUCGACCGAGUCCAAGUUCAGUUUCAUGCGGAAACCGAUGCGAGUGGCUCACCAGCAAGAUGAUGGUUCUUGGGACUUUUCGGACCCAGACCCGACACAAUUAUAUGUACCCCCCGCUCCGAAGUGUCAGCUCUCCCCGCUGUGCGCACCACCACGCUCCAAUCGCUCUAGUAUAUACAAGGGCGAACUGUCCCCAACUGACAUGGAUCUUGAGGCUCCUCCACCUGCUUACUGCGUAGAUGGAACUAUGUGGUCGAUGUGUACCCCUCCAACAGAGCAGUCCGCCCCAAGCCAUUGCCUACUAGUUUUGCUCGGUUAUUCUUACCUUCACCUUACCGUUGUUCCCAUUUUUGUCACCUUUGAUACUUUAAUUUUUCUGUAUUUCGAACUGUCUUUCGUUAGGUGCACUCAGAACCUGGUAGCACAGCUCAACAUGGCACACGACUAA